GCACAUGCGUGGACUGUUCCUUUCUUUUUGUCUUGUGUCUUUGCUCGCGGCGCCAUGGGUCAUCAGCAGCUCUACUGGAGCCACCCUCGCAAAUUCGGCCAGGGUUCCCGAUCAUGCCGCGUCUGUUCGAACCGGCAUGGCCUAAUCCGCAAGUAUGGCCUGAACAUGUGCCGCCAGUGUUUCCGGCAGUAUGCGAAAGACAUUGGCUUCAUCAAGUUGGACUAAAUAUUUAUGGAUCUCGCUUCAAUAACUACCAUUUUACUGGACUUUGGAUUUGAUCUACUCACUUAAAAGAUGGAUCCUAUUGUGCACACUAUGCUAAUUUACAUAUAUAAUUAAAAAGGUCAUCCUCA